CAGGUGGUUGAUUUGUACGUGGGUGUGGAGUUUAUUGGCACGAGUUUGAAAUCUUCGAUCCACCGGCACGGGAGCAGUGUAACGUUCAAUGAGGGGUUCCGGAUUCCGGUGACUACACCGGUGACGGAGGACGCGAUUACAGUAAGUGUGUGGGAUAAUCAGUCGAGUCCGGCGAAGUUGUUGGCUCGGGGGUCUUUGUCGUUUUUGGCCAUCAGCACGAAGCCUUUGCACGCGCGGUGGUUCAACCUCUACGGGUUUCCGCCAGGUGAGAGCGCCACCUUUACGAGUGAGGACUGGCGGUUACUAGGCGAGAAUAAGAUGGAGGGUUCGGCAUACUUGGGACGCAUCUUGCUGGGCGCCUCAGUCCAAAAGCUAAAAGACAUAAGCCAGUUGUUACCGGCCGAGCUGACGUAUGCGCGUACGCAACCCGAGACCACACCCACAUUCGUAACGUACUUGGCGGAAAUUUACCAAGUCGAUCUGGACAAAGUAAAGUGUGAACAGAGUCGCCGGGCGCCACCCAGACUUAACUCAGAUACUGAAGUCCAAGUGGUCGUGAGCACCGCUGGCUACCGUUCCAAGACGAAACCGUUGCCAGCGACCAAUUCCCCUGGCGCCGGUGGCGAGGAGGGACACAUGCGUUACACCUUUGGUGCAGACAACGGCUCCAUCCCGAAUCUGACUGCCCAGCUGUCGGGUGAUGAGAAGUUUUAUCCAGACGUGUUUGUGGAAGUGUUUGCCAACAAGGGGGUGCGUCUUGGCUACCGCCGCUUCCAGGCCAAAGACGUGCCAACAGCCUCCAGCGAGUUGCAGGCCUCUCCGCCCAUGUGGGUUCCCCUUAACAACCCCUUCGCUUUCUAUCAAAGCACCAUACCCGGCUACGUGCUCCUCUCGAUCGAAAAGGUCCAGGCCGAGAAUGUCAACCGUCGUCGUCGGCGCAAAAUCGUGGCCGCUCCGCACCUGAUCCGAUGUUACCUCUACGCUGCGCGAUACUUAGCGUUUGUGAGAGAGGAACCCGACAUGAGCCGGCGUAGUACUCUUGCCGUCGAGCCGGGCGACUUGGAGGCGCUCUCUACACUGGCAGAUGAAGAGACUAAGAACACGAAGACCCGUGGCCAUGGCAAGAAUGACUGCCUGCCGAAUCCGUAUGUUGAAAUCUCCUGUGCAGGCACCAACGAAGUGUCCCCCGUGGCCAUGCGUACCCGCUUCCCAGUGUGGCUCCACACACUUGAGCUUAACUGCCGACUCAUGAUCGACGCCAACGACGGCGUACCGGUGCCCUGCUCGGUCAUGGUCGAAGUCAAACACGGUGCGCACUCAAUCGGACUCUGUCUUGCCGAUUAUUCACGACUCCUCGGCCGCAAACAAAUCCAUGGCGGCGCCGUCGAGCGACUAGAACCCUCUUGGCUGACCCUAAAUUCUCCAGACUCCAUGAACAAACAAGUGGCCAACGUCUCCUUCCGGGGCGCAGUAGAGGCGCGAUUGGGCAGCAUGCUCGGCGUUGUUCCGGGAGGAUCUGGACGCGACGAAACCGGACAGGCGGGCCACAUCCUGCUUGGGAUUGAAGUCCUGCGGAAGAACGACGCCUCAUACAUCGCGCCACAGCCCGUCGUUCCACGUCUCCGGACCGUACGUUGUCGCCUUAGCGUUUGGGGCCUCCGCGACCUGCUGCCCAGAACUAAGCGCGACUAUAACGAGGCCGCCCUCACGACAGCCACCAUAGACCAAGUGCUCGACCGGGACGAAGUAAACAGACCCUAUAUCGUGGUCGUGCCGCCGUCCUACAAAAAGAUGAGUGAUCCCGCAUACCCCCUGCUGCCUUGGCGCCCGAUGAUCGACGAUAAACGCAAUGACCGUGGCCACAGCUACCUCGCCAACGCCACCUGGAAAGAAGUCGAGCACUACUCCGCCUUCAACUUCCACGAAUGCCUCCACUUCAACCUGCAAAUUCCCGACAAUCCGCUCUUCGACCCCCAUCUCUGCGUACGCGUCUAUGACGAAAGCCGCGCCUUCCUCGGAGAAUCGUCCAUCCCAAUCUUCCCCCUCAUCCCCUGGCUCGCAAAGGACACCAGCCGGUACGACGCCGCCGUCGCGCGACUCGUGCCCAAAACCACGCUACAACAAAACCCCAAUCUAUCACUGCUCAAGGAAGCGUACUAUAUUGCCCUUGCCCUCAUGCGCAAGGACGCCGCACUGGACAAAGAAACCAAAGUCAAGCAAGCAGUAGUUGACAAGAUGCAAAACGCCGAACUCCAGGAGCUGUACUCAGGCUCCACCAUGGCCUCUGAGGCAGAUUCGCAGCAGAGCGUUCUCUGUCCAGUCCACAGCCUGCGACUGGCCCAGGGCGGCGAAAAUCAGGAAUGUACCUGCGAUAUUGCAAACAGCGCACACGUGUGCGGAGAAGAUGGAAUCGCGCUAAUUACGAAGCAGGGCGACUAUAUGCUCAGCGCCGCAGGCUUUAACGUCCGGCCGUUCGGCGGCGUGCUUAAGGCAUGCGGGAUAACCAUUCCCAAGGGCUCAAUGAUAUAUGAAGAAGGCAAACACUCGUAUCAUGGCACCGACCGGUUAAUUAUCGACGGUGCGCUGGAAACAACGCUUCCGGACGUGUACUGGAGGCCCAUAGUGCUAUGGCGCCCGAGCAGAAUAAAUCCUUUCCACGAAGUCAAGGGCGGCGCAAUCAAGAUCGAGACAUGCAUUGAGGCGACGAUGAAUAACGAGCCGCUCGAUGACGAGAACGCCCAAAUCGUGGCCCGGACGGAGGUGCCGAGUAAUCUCCGAAGCGAGGUGUUCAGCACCUCGCGUUUUAGAACCAAGUAUCGCGCGGGAGGCGGCGUGCCUGACAUAUUGCGCCUUCGGGUGUACGUGAUUCGGAUCGCCGCAAUAUCCUUGUCCAUGACCGUAACCAAAGACGCAAUAUAUCCGAGUCCGCAUAAUGCGCAGUACCCGGUGGAGUUGAUUAUUCAGGUUAGUGACUCCCGACAAGAGCGGUACACGAGUAAGACGGAGGGGCCGCAUCCUAAGUUUAUGGUGUUUCACGAGAUGGACGUCAAGGUGCCGGAGGAGACAGUGCUGACGCUCUCUGCAUGGUCUCUGGCUCCUUCCGGCCCCGUGUUUGUGGGCCAACUGUCCGUGGAUGUGCUGGAGCGGUAUUUUUCGGAGCAGUACAUGGAGAUGUUGGAGACGUCGAGAAUACCGAUUGAGGUGCGCCCUCUCAAAUUAAUUGACGGGAAGAAUGUGAUCACCACGGGCAGCAUCGAGAUGCUUUUGGAGACGUUUAAGCCGAGCCUCUCCUAUCCGCGCAUGCCUCUGAUCGAAGACCGCCCGGCUGAGGUGGAGCUGCGAGUCGUGAUCUGGGGCUGUCGAGCGCUGGAACUGCCUCUGGACAAGGAGAGCGUCGACGUACUCGUCCGGGGCUCGUUCGAGUGGUCGGCUACGGACAAGUCGUCGGGAGGCAAAGAACCUGCGGCAGCGAAACGCACGGUCCAGGAGACGGAUGUGCACUAUGGCAGUACGAACGGGAACACGGUGUACAACUGGCGCAUGGUGUGGUCGAACGUGGUGGUACCGUGUAACACGGGUAUCUUGACGAUCCAGGCGAUUCAGUUUGACCCAUUUGGACCGGAAACAUACAUUGGCGAGAUCAACAUCGAAAUGAAGUCGUACUUGCGCUCGGUCGCAGUCAACCAAGAAAAAUUGUCCUACGACGUAGAACUCAAAUUGCUCAACCGUGAUGCCGAGUGCGUCGGCUUCGUACAAACCACCAUCCAGAUCCUGAUGCAGACCGAAGGCAGCGCGCGCCCCGUCGGCUUGGGACAACAAAACCCGAAUACAGACCCCCCGUUGUCCGCCCCCAUCGCAGGCCGCAAGUGGGCGGACUUCCUCGGGGCGACCAAGAGCACGGUCUCCUUCGACAACGUCAUGCUGCGGAUACGCUGGAUCACUGUCGUCCUCUUGCUCGCCCUCGUCUUCUUCAUCGGCUGCAUCAAGCCCGGCAUCUUCUGGGGCCUCUGA